CAUAAGAAACUCCACUCUUAUCACAAAUCAGAUUUACUUUUAGACCAGAGCAGUGGUCCUACUGACCUAUACAAUUGGAUCUACCACUCCUAAACCAACAUAAAAUAACAUUUUCAUUCGGGACUUGACGGAGAAACCUCUGGAUCAACAAUAAUAUGGGAAAAGAAAAUACCUUUUUGGUCACCGUUUGGAUAAUUCUGGCAAAUAUCUGUGUAUCUUUUUCAAGUACACCAGAACAAACACUUUUUGGUAACAGCAACUCCACUGAAUGGCUUGAGGACUACACAGACAUUGUAUCCAAGUUCUCCCUGAGAACUGCUGAGAUACCGGAUGAUGACUUGUGCUACAUCGUUCCCGGCCAGCCCUUAACCAUCCCAAAGUGUGAAUUCAACCCUGGGUAUAAGACGUUCGUGGUCAUUCAUGGAUGGACGGUCACGGGGCUGUUUGAGAGCUGGGUCCCUAAGCUGGUGACAGCGCUGUACAAGAGGGAGCCCAAGGCCAACGUGAUUGUGGUGGACUGGCUGACACGGGCGCAGCAGCACUACCUCACCUCCGCUGCCAACACCAAGCUGGUGGGCAAAGACGUGGCCAAGUUUGUUAAUUGGCUGCAGAAAACACUCGACUAUCCCUGGGAGAAGAUACAUCUGCUGGGCUACAGUCUGGGUGCUCAUGUAGCUGGCAUCGCUGGUCUCCUCACCAACCACAAAGUCAGCAGGAUCACAGGUUUGGACCCGGCCGGCCCGACCUUUGAGUUUGCUGACGCCCAGAGCACCCUGUCCCCCGACGAUGCUCUCUUUGUGGACGUCCUGCACACCAACACCCGGGGCUCCCCAGACCGCAGCAUCGGCAUCCAGAGACCCGUGGGCCACGUGGACAUCUACCCCAACGGAGGAACCUUCCAGCCAGGCUGUGAUCUGCAGAACACCAUGAUGAUGAUCGCCACCACCGGCAUCCGUAAUAUGGACCAGCUUGUGAAGUGCUCCCAUGAGCGCUCCAUCCACCUGUUUAUCGACUCACUGGUGAACGCAGCAGAGCAUCAGACCAUGGCCUACCGCUGCAGCUCCAAGGAGGCCUUCAUGAAGGGCAUGUGCCUCAACUGCCGUAAGAACCGCUGUAACAAGGUGGGCUACGGUGUCAACAAGGUCCGCCUGCCCCGGAACACCAAGAUGUACCUCAAGACCCGUGAGAUGAUGCCCUUCAAACUUUUCCAUUACCAAGUGAAGGUGCAUUUCUUCAGCAGUGAGAAACUGGCCUACACUGAGCAGCCCAUGAAAAUCUCUCUGUACGGAACCCAUGAUGAGAAGAUUGACAUACCUUACACCAUGCCCUUCCUGAACACCAACAGCACUGUGUCAUUCCUGCUGACCACUGACGUGGACGUUGGGGAGCUGCUUAUGGUCAAGCUGCGCUGGGAGAAAGAUGCCUAUUUCAGCUGGUCUGACAUUUGGGGAAACAAAAACUUCCACAUCCGCAAAAUGCGUGUCAAGGCCGGGGAGACUCAAUCCAGGGUGAUCUUCAGCGCUAAAGAUGGAGAGUAUGCCUACCUCAUCAGAGGAAAAGACGACGUAGUCUUUGUCAAAUCAAAAGAGGACAACAUGAGCCGGAAAGAGAAAACGAUGCACAGACUCAAGAUGCAGGGAAGCCACUUCAAGAAUAACAUUGCAUGAAGCAACACUUGAGUAGAGUGCACACUGAACCACACAGCCAAAGCUUGAUGGAGCCUGGGAGAAUACACUGGAGAGGAGAUAGGGGAUGUUAGUCUCUGACCUGUGCUGUAUGUUCUGCCUCCCAACCUGUGUCAUCUCAUCUCCACCCGCAAUCACUUCAUCCCACUGUGCUGGGUGUCGGCUAACGUGCUUUUUCUUCUAUUAACCUUCAUCAUGGAGAGUAUUACAAUUGCUUUUUUUUUAAUGAUUUUGACUUGGUCUUACGUUGCUACAUUAUCUUUUUAAUCCUUUCAUCUCAACUGUGUUUAUGUAUAC